CUGAACGUGAAAUGUCGCUGUUACUAACUCUGGUCGCACUUUUAGUGUCGUUGCUUUUAUUCGUGGCCCGCCGACGUCAUGGAUAUUGGCAAAGGAGAGGUAUUCCACAUGAUGUGCCCCAUCCACUCUACGGAAAUAUCAAGGACUGGCCCAAGAAGCGACACAUCGCCAAGAUAUUCGGGGAUUACUAUUUAAAGUACAAAGGUUCGGGCUAUCCGUUUGCUGGCUUCUUCUUCUUUUUCACCCGAAAUGCUGUAAUAACCGACUUGGAGUUGGUCAAGAGAGUUCUGAUCAAGGACUUCAAUAACUUUGAGAAUCGAGGUAUAUUCUACAAUGAGAUCGAUGAUCCGCUUUCGGCGACCUUGUUCAGCAUUGAGGGUCAGAAGUGGCGUCAUUUGAGGCACAAGCUGACACCCACUUUUACCUCUGGCAAAAUGAAGAAUAUGUUUCCGAUUGUUGUUAAGAUUGCCGAAGAUUUGGAGAAGACUUUCAGCGGUAAGAUCACCUCAGGACAAGGUCAAGUUCUUGAGGUUGUGGAUCUCGUGGCCCGGUAUACGUCCGACGUAAUCGGCAAUUGCGCUUUUGGUCUCAAUUGCAAUAGUUUGCAUAAUCCCAAGGCGGAUUUUGUGACCAUUGGAAAACGGGCGAUCGUGGAACGCCGCUAUGGAGGAUUGCUGGACUUCUUUAUUUUUGGGUUUCCAAAGUUAUCUCGCCGCUUGCACCUUAAAAUAACCGUUAAGGAUGUAGAGGACUUCUACACUCAAAUCGUAAGAGAAACAGUGGAGUAUCGAUUGAAAACCAAGGAGAAACGUAACGACUUUAUGGACAGCUUAAUCGAAAUGUAUCAGAAGGAACAAGCUGGAAACACUGAAGAUGGACUUUCUUUCAACGAAAUCUUGGCACAAGCCUUUAUUUUCUUUUUGGCUGGAUUUGAGACUAGCUCCACCACCAUGGGAUUUGCUCUUUACGAACUAGCCCAGAACCAGGAUGUUCAGGAUAAACUCAGGGACGAGGUUAACCAUGUUCUGGCCAAGCACAAUAACGAGUUUACUUACGAGGCCAUCAAGGAGAUGAAAUACCUGGAGCAGGUCGUCAUGGAAACCCUUCGCAAGUACCCAGUACUGGCUCAUCUUACGAGGAUGACCCAGACUGAUUUUGCACCGGAAGACCCCAAGAACUUUAUUGGAAAGGGAACGAUUGUUAUAAUACCAGCUCUAGGCAUUCAUUAUGAUCCGGAUAUCUACCCAGAACCUGAGAAGUUCAAGCCAGAACGCUUCACUGAAGAGGAAAUCGCUGCGAGACCUUCUUGCACUUGGUUGCCGUUUGGCGAAGGUCCUCGGAACUGCAUUGGUCUCCGUUUUGGACUGAUGCAGACCUGUGUGGGAUUGGCUUACCUGAUUAGAGGAUAUAAGUUUAGUGUUGCCCCAGAGACAGAAAUACCCCUGAAGAUUGCUGUGAAAAAUAUUCUAAUAUCCGCAGAGAAUGGAAUUCACCUUAAAGUCGAUAAGCUUUCCAAAUGAUAAUCUAAAACAGAAAGUCAAGUUCUUUAAGGGUUACAAGUACGACGCUGAAAAAUAAACCCCUAUUAAAGAUCA